AUUCUGGAGCCAAUGAUUUUUUUGUGAAUCCACGUGUCCUGCUUUGAAUUGGAGUUUGAGAAUCCAAUGCAUUUUGUAAACACGUGUUUCUGACUUGACAUUGAGGUGUUUAGUUUGCAGGAAGCGAUGAAUUAGUGAGUCAACCCACCCUCUACCGCCACAGUUCUGGCACCACGGCAUCCUCUUCCUUGCGGAGCCGUAUCCGUGUUGCAUAAACAUUUUGCGUAAUUCUGAUCAGGAUUAGGUUUUGAUUGUCCCCCAUUUUCGUCGCCGUUUGGUUCAGUUCAUGUCACAUCUGGUCACUCUGUCACUGCGGUAGAGCUCUUGAUCGAGUGUAGCAGGCAUCCUUGGAAGGACGGUCGAGUUUAUUUGGCAUCCUUAUUAGCUGUCGGAUUGCCGGGGAGGUAGAUCGCAAAGUACUAUGGCGUACCAUCACGGAAUCGGAGAUGGUGGAUACCCUCACUCUCCCCACACUCCAACCCCAGUUGCGGACUCAACUAGUUGGACUGGAUAUGGCUUCGUGCCGCCUCCACAGCACAUCCACCAGAUCCCAGGGUCGACGCCAGGAGCCACAAUUGGGGUACAGCACGUUCCAGUGGUGGGGCAGCAGUACGUUUCCAACACCGUACAGAGCUACGUCAUCUCGAAGAAAAAGCUUUCCGUGAGCCAGGGCGAUUGGACGAUCACAGACCAGGCGGGAAACAGCGCAUUCAAAGUAGAUGGGCGCAUCGCGAGCAUGCAUAGCCGGCGAUUCCUGCGCGACGCAGCAGGGAACACAAUUUUGAGCAUGAAGAAGAAAGUGCUUAGCGUGCACGAUACAUGGGAGAUCCUGACGGGCAACGGGGACCAGGUGGUGGCGACGUGUAGGAAUUCGUCGGUGCUGCAGCUUAAGACGUCGGUGGACGUGAUGCUUGUGGGGAAGCAGACGUCGACAUCGACGACGACGCCAGACUAUCAAGUGAAGGGCGAUGUGCUGGACUGGAAUCUGACGGUGUUUCGCGGCAGGGAGAGGGCGGCAGUGGUGAGCCGUCAGGUCACGGCCAAGACGGUGGUGCUGGACCGGGACUCGUUCGACGUGGCCAUCUUCCCCGGCGUAGAUCAGGUCCUGGUCCUCGCCCUCCUCGCCCUCCUCUGGUAACUAAACUACACACUCAUGAAAAGUAUAUCGUAUAUAUAUAUAUAUAUAACAAACCUCCCUCCCCUCCAACCCUAAUCUUCUUCUUUACCUCCUCAUUCCUCAUGAUGUAACAUCACUUCAUUGCAUACUUGAUCAUGAUGCACCUGCAAUUUUACAAAAUUAUAUCAAAAAAACAAUUUAUUUUUGAAGCAUAUUUGAACUUUUUAUAGUUUCGAUAGGAAUAGCAAGAUAUUGUAAUUCUUUUACAAAAAAAUGGUGUUCCACAAGUAGUUCAACUUCAAUUUGUAGUUGUUAUAGAUUGAUUUUAUUUUUGAUAGAUUACUAACUCUCAUAUUGUUAUUAUACAAAUUCUUGGAUUUUAUAAGUUUUGAUGCAUUUCACAUCACUUUCACAUGCGUUUA